UUUAAAAUCACCUUCUUCGCUUCUUCUUCACUAGCAGAGUAACAAUGUACAGAACGGCGGUCCGGCGGCUGCUCUCCGGCGUAACCUCGGCUAAAAGCAGCGAGGCGCAUCUCAGAUCAUAUAAUUACCAAACUAUUUUUAAAAGCAACAAACGAUUUUGCACGUCAGUGAAUCCUCAAUCAAUCUCUAAUCAAAACCCUAAUUAUUUAAAUCAAAAUCUUAGCGCCAACGUAGAUUCCACUCUUAAUCAGUCAGAUUCAACCACAUCAUCAUCCUUGACUACCGAGGAAGCUCUACCUCAGCACCAUGAUUACCGUCACCGCCGUGAAAAUCGGAGGCCUAGGGUUGAUUACCAGGAUGAGCAAGUGCGUGUUCUGCAAGCUUCUCUUCGUCCCGUGUUGAGAUUUGGUUGGACUGAAGAAGCUAUGAUUGCCGGAGCAAGAGAGGCUGGCGUUUCACCUGCUAUUGUUGGUUCUUUCCCUCGAAAAGAAGCCGCAUUAGUUGAGUUUUUCAUGGAUGAAUGCUUACAAUUGCUUAUGGAUAGAAUUGAUUCCGGCGAGGGCUUGCAAAACUUGGUACCUAGUGAGCGUAUUUCAAAGCUCGUCAGGAUUCGUCUAGAAAUGCAAGCUCCUUACAUAUCUAAGUGGCCUCAAGCAUUGAGCAUCCAAGCCCACCCUUCAAAUCUCCCAACAAGCUUUAAGCAGCGGGCAGUACUACUGGAUGAGAUUUGGCAUGCUGCUGGUGAUGAAGGCUCUGAUAUUGAUUGGUAUGCGAAGCGCACUGUUUUGGGAGGGAUUUACUCGACAACUGAGGUUUACAUGCUGACCGAUAGUUCCCCAGAUUUUCGUGACACAUGGGCAUUCUUGGAUAAUAGAGUAAAAGAUGCAUUUGAUCUUAAGAAGACAGUUCAAGAGGCGAAGUACUUGGCUGAAGCUGUAGGUGCUGGGAUGGGAAAUUCAUUGCUAGGAUUUGUGAAGAAAGUUUUCCCAGGCUAAAUGAAUGCAUGUUUUAGUGGCCGCCAUUUAUCUAGGCUAGUCCCAAGAUAGAUUUUACUCAUCUUGUUGAACCUUUGGUGCAAGAACAAAGCUUGGAGAAAACACCUUUUGGUAGGAGCACUUUUCUGGAAAUUGAAGAUAUUUUGAAAGUUUAGAAUUUGUGUUCGCGUAUUCUGUUGAACCUUGAGAAGUUGUAAAUGCCAAUAAGCUUGAAAUAAUACAAAUUGAUUUUUAUUUGCA